AUUUAAUGAUAAAAGUGUUCUCAACACUGCCUCUUGGAAGCGGCCAUGGCAGUUUCCUCUGCUAAAACUUCCGAGUUGGUUCUUAAAGCUUCUAUGUAAGUGGCAGCUUCCUCUGCAGUUUCCUCUGUUAAACUUCUGAGUUGGUUCUUAAAAAUUUGUCUAUAACAGCUCUCACCCACAAGAGGAAGCGGCACAGCCAUCUCUCACAACACACAUUCAUUUGUUAAGCUCGCGAUAGAGCAACGCAGUUUUGAUCUUUAGAGAGAAGGGAAAACGGAGGAUAAUGGUGUUCAGAUUUGCCACCUUCGAUCCGGCCCAAGAUCCCGAUGAUUUCAACCCGGCUUUUCCACCUACUCCGUCAUCGUCGCCCUCAGUAACACUCUGUCAGCCGUGCGAAUACACUCGCACUUUCACCAAAACCAUUGUCAGGCGACUUGUUGCUGCCGGUGCUUCUCUUGUCUUAACAGCCCCAGCCCUUGAAUUGCGUGAUGAUGAGAUUCGAGACCGAUACGCAGAGACGCCAUUUCAUAGUAUCAAUUUCGAUGUCCGUCCAGAAUUUCACCAAAGACAACUUAAAGAGUUUACUUUGAAGGAGUUGAAGGUGGCUACCCGAAAUUUUAGCGACGAGAAACUUAUAGGCAGAGGUGGAUUUGGCGAUGUCUAUGAGGGUCAGUUAGCUGAUGGCUCUCUAGUGGCAAUCAAAAGAUACAGACGAGGCAGCACUCAAGGUUUAAGAGAGUUCGAAACAGAAGUAAUGGUUGGCAGCAUCAUACCCCUACGGCACAAUCUGCUUCCCUUGCUCGGAUUUUGCAGAUCCUCAGAAUGCGGGGACUUCUUGCUUGUGUCCCCCUUGAUGGUCAAUAAAAGUGUGGACUGCUGCUUGAGCAAGCGGCCCGAGACACGACCCCUGCUGGACUGGCUUACCCGCAGAAAGAUAGCCGUGGGAGCUGCGAGAGGGCUGUCCCGUCUGCAUGAUCUGAGCAUUGUGCACCUAUUUAUCAAACCUUCAAACAUUCUGUUGGAUGAGGAAUUUGAGCCUCACAUUGGAGACUUUGGGUUGGUCAAGCUAACCGAACGCAGGCGUGGUGAAUGCUCGGUGGAUGGCAUCGAGGAGGCACCUGUACUUCCGAGGAAUGAAUCCGAAGCAGGAUCCCACGGUGAAGAUUCCUAUUCCACGAAUAAAAUAUAUGGCACAUAUGGAUAUAUGGCGCCAGAAUAUGCGAGGGAGGGGAAAUACUCGGUGAAGACCGACGUCUUUGCAUUUGGAAUAACGCUUCUGGAACUCGUGACCGGACAAAGAGCUACUCGCGUAAAUGGCCGGUCUGUGAUGUUAGGCGAUUGGGUAAAACGGCUUCUGGUAGAGGGUAGUUGGGAAAUCGUAGUCGAUUUCAAUCUGCAGGGUGAGUAUGACCACGAGGAAAUAGAGAAAGUGAUCAAGCUGGCUCUUUUGUGCACACAUCCAGUCCCAAGAGAACGACCGCACGUGGCACAAGUAAUCAAAAUACUUGAAGGCCAUAGCAUCGAGGAGGCAUGGGAGGAGUAUCAUCACUCGAAGGAGUAUCUGAUUCCGUUGAUGCAACUUCCAACCCUUUACCAGACUGGGGAUGUCUCCUCGUCGCUGCUCAGUCCCGAAGAAUUAUCCGGACCCAGAUAA